CCGCCAGCUAUCCUGCACUCGCGCGUGCCUACUGGCCUCUCCCCUCUCUUGAACGGGUUUGCUGGGUGCUGCAUUGCGCAUGCGCAUGCUGCCACCCACAGUAUGGUGGUCCUGCCGGGGUCAUCCCUGGUGUGUGACAAGCAGCCGUCAAGCAAUAGCAGUCGCAAAAUGCACUGCCGCUUGCCGUUGCGGCGGUGCUUGGAAACCAACUGAGAACCGAGAGAGUGUGUGUGGUGUGAGGUGCCGCCGGGCUGGGCGGGAUUCUCUGGCAGCGGCCUGCGGGGGAUUCAGUCAGCGAGAGGUCGGAGGUGGAGAUGUGACUUCGAGCUAUAUAUCUGCCAGCGAGAAAACUGGCAGCAUCUGUCCAUCCAAAUCCCUGACUUUCCUCCCCUUGGUGGUCAGUUAGCUCUGCUCCAGAUCCAUCAGUGUCUCACCCACUUAGUGUUCUUGUAGAAAGUAACACAAAGCAAUGAAGAGAUGAUAGAAUAAGAUGGUUUGGUACUGCUGUCUCCCCUGAAAACCAUAAUUCCAAAGCGUUUAUGUGGUAAACUGCAUGCUAUUUAUGUGAAUUAAAUCUAAAAGGUUGAAAGUCUGUGGAAAAGAAUGGGUUAUGAUAUUGAGCGUUUUGUUGGCUAUGUUAAUGAAGGACUUUUAUGCUGUAUAUGCCGAGAUGUAUUAGAAGAUCCUUUACAGGCUCCUUGUGAACAUGCUUUCUGUACUGCCUGUAUACAUGGCUGGCUUGUUCAUCACAAUAACUGCCCUGAAGACAGACAAGCACUUGAUAUGUCUGUGCUACGACCUCUCUACAGAUACAUGAAAAAUGAUCUAAAUCGACUUCAGCUUCAUUGCAAAAACAGAGAGCGUGGUUGUGAAAUGGUUUGUUCUCUAGAAUCUAUAGACAGACAUGAGAGAGAAUGUGAAUACAGCCAGAUACCCUGCUCAAAUGCUGGUUGUCCAGUUCAGAUUGAACGACGUAACUUAGAUGGCCAUUUGGCAGUGUGUGAAUACCGGAGCCGUGAAUGCCCUAAUGGUUGUGGUUACACCAUUUUCAGGGCAGAAGACACGCAGCAUAAUUGUGUAGCAGAGCUAAGAACAGAAGUAGAACUGCUCCGGUCAGAAAUGAUCUGCAGAGUGGAGGAGGCAAAGCAUGAAAUGGAGUCCAGAUUAGAUUCACAGAGAAGGCAUAUGGUUCAAAAAGAGAGUCUUCUGCAAAAUGAAAUUGAAGAACUAAAGAGUCAGAUGUCACGAAUGAUGUCUGAGGUGCGCUCCCUUAUGGCUGCAGAGAGACAGCAUCGUCAAGAGCUGGAGCAAGCAGAGCUCGAAAAGCGUGAAUUAAUGGAGCUGCUGAAAGGCCUACAGAAAGACUGCCGAUUAAAUAAUACAGAAGGAAACAAGAAAUCAACAAACUUUCGCCCCCUAACACGACUGGAGAGUGUGAAACGAAAACCCAGGGAAGUUACAGUCAUCUAAACAGAAGUAUGACAAAAACUACUUGAAUGUUGUUUUACCCACAACAGACCUCAGUUUUAUACAAAGGACAUAUGAUCAGGUGGACUUCUAUAUUGAUACUAAAGUCUGGAACUAUACAAUGGCACUAAUAGACCCCCGGAUCUUGAAUCAUGGGGUUUCUUACAUUUGAGGACUGAAGGACACUUUUUAGAAAUGUGGAGAGGUCAAAUAUGGCAGCCAGUUAGACCCGGAGCAUGUGGGUGAAACCCACCAGCCAGACAUCUGAAAUAUAUGUAUGAUGAAAGAGAACCCCAUGAUGUUACAAGGGUUUAUGCAAGUCUCCAUGCCUGGUUUGGUUAUUUUUUUUCCCUACUGAACUUAAUACUAACAACAUACUGAAAGAAACAAGUAGAAUGUUAGUGAGUACAAUAACUCCGUCUUAGAAGCAGAAUUAGCACUUAAUGAUUAAGACGUGAGGAUAUCACUAAUCUUUCUCAAAUCUUAUUUAGUACAUUGUAGUUUCACUUAAUCCAGCUAGUCCAAUAAUUUGAAAGAUGUGCUGACUCAAUUUAAGUAAGACACAGCCCUCUCUGGCUCUUGCACCAUCAAUUCCCAUCCACCCUUCCAGCUCAGUUUUUUUCAUAGAAGCAUACAAUUCCUGUGGAACAACUAGUGAGCCAGACUUGAUUGCUGUUGCUGCAUAUUUUUGCUUUCUUUAUUGAAAUGUAGGAGUAGAAUAGUGUUCAAUGAGCUCCUGUUGGUUUCAAUAGGACUUCUGAAUGCAAGACUUUCAGGAGAACCCUAUAUCUGCUGUUUAAUUGAGUUGCAAUGUACCAGUUUGCUUGUAAGCACCCAUGUUAUUUUAGUUAGGCUGAUUCUAAUAUUAAGUUAAAUUUUCAUCUCAAUCAUAAUUGUUCAUGUGUGUUAUCAGAUGGUUAGCCUAACAUCACAAUUGCAUGGCAGAUUUCUUUUCCUUAUUAGUAGCAGACAAGUGAAUUAUGUAGCCAGAUAACACAUGCAAUUACUGUAAACAUUUUAGUUGCAAAGUUAUUGUAUUUUUUUACAUCUUAAACAUUCUUAGGUGCUUUAAGAAGUUUUUUUAAAAAGUGACCCUCAGAUAGUGAACAGGUCCUGGAAUAUAUUAAAAUAAGAAUUCUUGUGAAAUUUGCUAACUCUCCCCUCAGAUGCGUUUUUGAUAGUGUUUCUCUACAGAUUUGCCAAGGAGUCCUGGAUAACUUAGGAAAAUGCUGGCACCAUUCCACAUUUCUCAUGAACAUCUUUUGGAUAGACCCAUACAGUUUAUCCUUGGUACGUGGGGGGAUCUUAUGCAGCGUUUUCUCACAUUGAAAGAUGCCUUUCUAAAUACCUAUAAGUCUAUGCAAAUUUUAUAUUAACAAAUGAAUGUUAAAAUGUCUUCCAGCCACACGGUUCAUUGCCAAGCUAGACUGAAAUUUGAUUUUUUUUUUAUUUUUACAUUUAAUAAAAAAUGGGAAAUGGGCUCAAAAGUGGAAUUUUGGGGCUAAAUGUCAUUGUGUCUAACAGCUUGUAACCAUUUGAUUUGCACUUUGUAUAAAAGUUGAGCUACUCAAGUGUUCAUAAAAAUAGUUAUUCAUUUUGCUUCUCUUCUUUUCAUUAUGAAAGAUCAGGUAUCCUCCUUGCCUAAUAAAAUAGUGAGACAUA